AUGAUACUUGACUUUGUGGUCGGCAGCAUGCAGUGUUUCUCUGUGGUGGAAAACCCAGAGUUCAAGCAUCUCAUUCAAACGCUGCUGCCACGGAGGACUGUAAUGACGCGAAAGACGCUCGUGUUGCAUCUAAACAACGCCUUCGGUGCAAUGAAAGCGGCUGUGACAGCAUCUCUGGGUGAGGCAUCAACUGUCUGCUGUACAGCCGAUUGCUGGACGGCUUGCAACAGCAUCUUCGGCGGUCAUAAUGCUGAGGACGCUGACGAAAGCAUCACGGACGAGCUGCACAGAACGCCGGAUGAUAUUCAACUUCCGAAGCAUCACCGCUGUGCUGCCCAUACUCUGAACCUUGUGGCAACCGUCGACAGUGAGAAGGCGCAAGAAGACCCGUUGUACGGCAGCGUGUCAGAUUCUGUGUUCACAAAAUGCAAAGCAUUGUGGAAGCAACAGAAGCAGUCAGUGCAAGCUGCGGAAGUUAUCAAGGAAAAACUUGGAAGGUACCUUCCUGUCCCAAAUGCUACACGGUGGAAUUCCACUUAUGUGGCUAUGGACUUCAUGAACAACGUAGGAAAACCGAUGCUUGACAAUGUUUUCGACGCUUUGUGUCUACCUCGGCUAAAGCGGGAUGAUGUGGCCUUCAUAAAUGAGUACUGCCAGGCUAUGAGUGGUGUCGCUAAAGCUCUCGAUAUAUUGCAAGGUCAAGAUUACAUGUACAUGGGUACAUUGCUGCCAACAAUCCAGUCUCUUCUUCGCCGCCUAGAUACGCUACCUCCAAUGCGGUAUUGCACACCAUUGGUGACUACCCUUUCAGCGGCACUGAGACGAAGGUUUUCAGACCAGCUGGCAGAACCCAGCUUUGUCAUCGCUGCUGCAGUCCAUCCACGUUUUAAGUUUUCUUGGCUGGGAGAAGGCGAAAGGAAGAGGGCUAUCGGCCUGGUGAAAGAAGAGUAUGAAGCGGCAGCACCAGUAGAGGGAUCACCGCUUUCAGAAGGCCAGGAUGGCGAGGGUGCAGACGACGACUUCUUCAUUUUGCAAAGCACCCCUGGAGGAAGUGAGCUUGAUCGGUGGAAGAAAAGUCCCCGCGGUGGACUCCAAGCCCUCAACGACUUCCCCCUUAUCAAGGACAUGUUCAUAAAAUUCAACACGGGCAUCCCGUCCAGUGCGCCUGUGGAACGCCUCUUCAGCGUUGGGAGGGACACGUUUGGUCUCAAGAGGGGAAAGCUGACUGACGAGAACUUUGAAAAACAGCUUCUUCUUAAGUGCAAUAAAAACUUUCAUGGCACUUAA